GUCAGUGAGACACACAGGCAGGGAGGCAGACAGGUAGAAAGGCACAGGGUGGGCAGAUAAAAUUUUAAAAUAGCUUAUUUUCGUCCUUUUCUCCCCUGGACCACAAUGGGUUCAGAUGUACGUGACCUGAACUCCCUGUUGCCCCCGGUCCCAGCGGGACCCAGCCCCGGUUGCCCGGCCCUGCCUGUCAGCACGGCCCCUCAGUGGGCUCCCGUCUUGGACUUUCACACCGCCGCCUCCCCUUACUCCUCCCUGGCAGCACCCCACACCUCCCUGGGGCCACACUCCUUCAUCAAGCAGGAGCCCAGCUGGGGGACCACCAGUGACCCCCUCCACCCCGAUGCCGACCCUCACUGUGGCCUCAGCGCCUUCACUGUUCACUUCUCGGGCCAGUUUACAGGCACUGGGGCCUGCAGGUACGGGACGGCAUUCGGGGCACCCCCCGCUCCGCCGCCCCCCAGCCAACCGCCGUCUGUGGCUGCCCCACACCACCACCAGCCGCCCAGCAGGAUGUUCAGCAACCCACCAUACCUGACCAACUGCAUGGACACACAGCAGGCAGGCCGCAGCCAGACAGGUUACAGCACGGUUGCAUUCGAUGGAGCCGGUAAUUACGGUCACACUCCUACGCACCACAGCUCACAGUUCUCCAACCACUCCUUCAAACAUGAAGACACUUUAGCUCAGCAGAAUACUAUGGCUGAGCAGCAGUAUCCUGUACCUCCUCCUGUUUAUGGAUGCCACACACCUUCAGACAGCUGUACAGGGAGCCAGGCUCUGCUGCUAAGGAACCCUUACAACAGCGGAGAAAAUUUAUAUCAAAUGACCUCUCAGUUGGAGUGUGUGGCAUGGAACCCUGUCAAUACACUGGCAUCCACCAUAAAGAGAAUAGCCUCCUCGUCAUGGAGCAAGACGAAAGCAACAGAAGGAGGACAGAGUCACCAUGCAACAGGCUAUGACAGUGACCCCAGCACACCCAUGGUGUACAGCUGCAGCACGCAGUACCGCAUACACACACAUGGAGUCUUCAGGGGAAUACAGGAUGUGAGGCGGAUGCCCAGCAUCGCUCCAGCCAUCGUGCGAUCGGAGACCAGCGAGAAGCGUCCGUUCAUGUGUGCCUACCCAGGGUGCAACAAACGCUACUUCAAGCUGUCUCAUCUGCAGAUGCACAGUCGCAAACACACAGGGGAGAAACCCUACCAGUGCGAGUUCACAGACUGCGGCCGCAGGUUUUCCCGCUCUGACCAGCUGAAAAGACACCAGAGGAGGCACACAGGAGUUAAACCCUUCCAAUGCGAGACGUGUCAGAGAAAGUUCUCUCGGUCUGACCACCUUAAGACACACACCCGGACUCAUACAGGUAAAACAAGUGAGAAGCCAUUUAACUGCCGGUGGCCAAACUGUCAGAAGAAGUUUGCCCGGAGCGAUGAGUUGGUGCGACACCACAACAUGCACCAGAGGAACCUCUCCAAGCUCCAGCUGGCCAUCUGAACCCGUGUCCAGCCCACAUCCCAGUUCUGAAUG